AUGGAAAACAACGGUAUGUUGUCGAAUCCCGACCAGCUAACUUGUGCGGAAAUCGCUACAGGAAACUGUCAUCUAUGUUCCGGAUCAGACAGUCUGGACAAUCUUGUCGGCUGUGACGAGUGCUCAGUUUGGGCGCACUAUGGUUGCGCAGGAGUUUCCUCCGCGGUAGAAGCCACGGAUCGUAGUUGGAAAUGCGAGCGAUGUAAGUCGAAAUCUAAUUCGGAAGUGCCAAACAAACCCAAGUCACGAUGUAGCAAACGAUCUUCACGCGCCGAACUGGAGCUGCAAAAACUAAAAGAAGAAAAGGAUUUGCAACUUAAGGCAUUAGAAGAAGAGGAGAAGGCCAGAAGAGAGUUUCAACAAAAGAAAACGCAGAUUGAAGCCGAAUAUCUGCGAAAGAAAUAUGUUUGUAUAGAAGCAUCGGAAGAAGGAAGCGUCAAAAGUCGAUCGAGUCAGGGUAGAAGUAAACAGAUCGUGGAAAACUGGUUGGAGAAAAGCCCGACGGAACCAACACCGGAGUUUGAGCUACCAGCACAGUUAUCCGCAGAUCAUCUACCCAGGUUAACGGAUAACAUUCGAUCGGAAAAGAGUAUAAUUCCCAACGUAGGGACACCUGAACAAUGCAGCUUAAUACCAACAUCUUCGUCUACACCGCAUAGCAGGCAGAUUCGGCCAACCGCCAGGACACAACCUGCUCCAUUGAUUUCACAAGAUUUGAGGAAUUAUUUGGAUGUAAUCCCACCCAUUGUUAGUGGCACCACAAAUACCCGUCUAGUUCCACGAGUGAGUUUUCCCAAUCAAGGAACCUUCCCGAAACCAGCACCGAAUGUGGCCUCCUUGGGAAGCUGGGAAGCCUUUAACAGUAUCAGUUUAUCCGGAAAGUCUUUAAAUCAACCGCCAAAUGCGCAUGGAAGUCCCCUGUCGACUAUUACCGAGGAGUCUAGGUUGUCUGAUGAGCUUCAGUUGAAUCAUGCUCAGUCCAUACCUAACUGUACACCAAUUAGCCUCAACUUUCCUUCGUUGCCCUCUCAAGGAGAUACGUUAUCUCAAAUGAGAUUACCGUUCACCCAUUCAGUGGAAUAUCAGGCAGGUUACGCGAUACCCAGAGCGCCACAGUUACUAAUUGAUGCUUCGGCAUCGGCAUCAGGUAACACUUUCCGCCCCAAUAUAAGCCCUAUUACCCAACCUGGUUCUAAAGUAACCUGGGUAUCCUAUCCAGGAACUGCGGUUCCAAUUCCAAGUGUAAGUGUCAACUCGCCUAUGCUACCGACAGCAAUUCUACAUGAUGCUGGUCCAACAACUGGGGAUAUGUUCCCACAAAACACAAACCUUUCUUUAAACCCAUUUAAAACGAACCAAGUAGAGAGAAGCUGUGGACCGACCAGCGCACAGCUAGCUGCCCGGCAAACAAUGCAAUGCAGGGACCUGCCAAAUUUUUCGGGAGAUCCAGAAGAGUGGCCACUAUUCUUUUGCACGUAUAAGAACAGCACCGAAAUGUGUGGGUACAAUAAUGCGGAAAAUUUAGCUAGACUUCAGAGAUGUCUGACGGGCCAAGCACGAGAAUCCGUAAAAAGUCAACUACUUAGUCCCGCACUUGUGCCGGAAAUUAUUGAAACAUUGCAAAUGUGUUACGGGCGCCCUGAACUUUUAAUCGACGCUAUGCUGAUGACUUUGCGUAAUACUCCGUGUCCGAAACAUGAAAACCUUCAAUCAAUAAUUACAUAUGGGCUAGCAGUGAAAAAUACGGUUGCAUACAUGAUGAAUGCCGAGCUCGUGGACCAUCUCUCAAAUCCGUCGCUAUUGAAGGAGCUUGUCGGAAAGCUUCCCACUCAAUUCCAAAUCGAAUGGUCACGCUUCAAAAGACAAAGCACGAAAGUCAACGUGGCAACCUUUGGAGAGUAUAUGUCCGAGCUAGUUGCUGUAACGGCAGAUCUAGUAACUCCGAAAAAUACUGGUUCCUUAGAGAAAGUUGGAAAGACAAGUCGAAAUAACCAAAAACUUUUUUUGCACUCGGAUGUCCAAGACACGAACACACAAGAGACCGCAAUCGACGAUAUAGCCCACCAAAAGGCCUGUGCGUAUUGUGUAGACCCCGCCCAUCAAGUGGCAAAUUGCCAGCUAUUUCAAGCCCUUGAUAUUGACGGAAGAUGGAAGGCUAUCAAGCGUAAAGGAAUGUGCUGGACCUGUCUAGUUCCUCACAAGAAAUGGCCUUGUCGGUCUAACAAAGAAUGUCGAGUAGAUGGAUGUAGAUCCAGACACCACGUUUUGUUACAUUCUCCUUCUGGAACUAAACCAAAGGAUAUAUCCACCCAAGCUCAACAAAAACCUCCGUCCGAAACGGCCCACCAAAAUCAUCAUUUGACAUCAUCAGAGGCUAUGUUUCGUUAUUUGCCUGUAACCGUUUUCGGACCAGACAAAAAGAUCGACACCUACGCUUUCCUCGACGACGGCUCAUCCUCGACCCUUGUUGAAGGCUCGUUAGCUAAAGAACUCGGCGUGUCAGGUCCACGCGAUACUUUAUGGCUCACAUGGACUGAUAACAUCAGUCGUGAGGAAAGAGAAUCUCAGCGUAUCUCGUUGGAGAUUUCAGGACGAGGAAUGGACAAUAAAUUCAAGAUUGAAAAUAUACGAACCGUAAAACAGCUGAAACUGCCUAGUCAAUCAUUCGACUACCUAAAGAUGCAAAAGAAGUAUUCGCAUUUGAAAGGACUUCCUUUGGAAAGCUACUUUGACGCGGUUCCUAAAAUAAUUAUCGGAAUAGAUCACGUGCACUUGCUCACGACACUCAGGGUCAGAGAAGGACACAGCGGAGAUCCAGUUGGCACCAAAACGCGAUUAGGUUGGUCCGUAUUCGGUAAACAGAAAGAAUUUGAAUUAGAUGAGGUCGGGCUAAACUUUCACAUGGAAUCCGAUCAAUCAGCUGUAGGUGAAGAUCAAUCGUUACAUGAAUUGAUGGGAAAUUUCUUUAGUCUGGAGGACCAAGUUGAACACUCGACUCGAGAAACUGCUUCCGAAAUUCGGGCACGUGAGAUUCUGGAAAAAACAACAACGCGUAUUGGGAAGCGAUUCGAAACCGGGCUACUCUGGAAAUACGACUAUCGUUGUUUUCCAGACAGCUAUCCUACCGCGGAACGAAGGUUACGGGGUUUGGAGAAACGUCUGGCUAAAGAUCCACAGUUGGAAGAGAAUGUGCGGCAACAAGUAGCAAGUUACAUCGAAAAAGGUUAUGCUCAUCUUGCGACGAACGAGGAGCUCGAGCAAACGAAUCCCGAUCACGUCUGGUAUCUACCUUUAGGUGUUGUAAGAAACCCAAAAAAACCAGAAAAAAUCAGACUUAUUUGGGACGCAGCAGCGAGAACCAACGGCGUCUCACUUAACGACAUGCUGGUCAAAGGCCCCGAUAUGCUUACCUCGUUACCAGCAGUAUUGACAAGAUUCCGACAGCGAAACAUAGCCAUAACCGGUGACAUCAGAGAAAUGUUUCACCAAGUCAGAAUCAGAUCCGAGGACAAGCAAGCACAAAGAUUCUUAUUCAGAAAUAAUCCCAAAACCUUACCACAAAUAUACGUGAUGGAUGUUGCAACAUUUGGGGCAACUUGUUCCCCUUGUAUCGCCCAAUUCAUCAAGAAUAAGAAUGCUGAACAGUAUGCUGAGACGUUGCCGGAGGCGGCCGAAGCCAUAAUAAAUGGACACUAUGUGGAUGAUUAUCUGGAAAGCCUCGAUACCCCAGAGGAAGCUGUCGAAAGGAUGAAACAAGUUCAAUACAUACAUCGCAUGGGCGGUUUUGAACUACGCAAUUUUUUAUCAAAUUCAGAAGAGGUGUUGGAAGAGCUAGGAGUUACGAAUCAACUGAUAGACAAGUCUUUGUUACUAGAUCCAGGAAAAGAUAGAGAGGAAGUAGCAGAAAGAGUGUUAGGCAUGAUUUGGAAACCAAAGACGGAUACGUUUACUUUCGGAACUGCGGUUCCACCAGGAAUCGAACCAUUGAUUACUGGAGGAACAAUACCGACCAAAAGGCAAGUGCUUCGUACGAUCAUGAGCCUGUAUGACCCGCUAGGUUUGGUGGCACACUUCAUCGUCCACGGAAAAAUAAUGAUGCAGGAGAUUUGGAAGUACGGAGCCUCUUGGGACGAACCGAUUCCUGACGAGCUUCAGGCUAGCUGGAUACAGUGGACAGGGCUCCUGAGAAAACUGAAUGAAGUAAGCGUUCCGAGGUGCUUCUUUCCGGGGAUGAAAUUCCUUUCAUCAACUGAACUUCAACUGCACGUACUAGUAGAUGCCAGUGAAGCGGCCUUUGCAAGUGUUGCCUACCUUCGAAUUGUGGAUAACGACACCCCUCGUUGUGCUCUUGUUGCAGCCAAGACAAAAGUAGCCCCACUUAAACCACUUUCCAUGCCGCGAUCUGAAUUACAAGCUGCGAUGAUCGGCGCCACACUUAUGUCUAAUGUUGUAAAAAUGAUAAAGCUACCAGUAACGAAGCGUUUCCUUUGGACAGAUUCUUUGACAGUUUUGUCUUGGUUGCGAACAGAUAGUCGGCGUUACCAUUCUUAUGUUUCGUAUCGAGUUGGAGAAAUUCUCACAAAAACAACCGUUAGCGAAUGGCGAUUUGUUCCUUCGAAGUUGAACGUAGCUGAUGAUGCAACCAAGUGGGGAAAUGGACCUAGUUUUUCUCCCGAAUGCCGAUGGUUCACUGGCCCAGAUUUUCUUCAUCAAUCCGAAGAAAUGUGGCCAAAAGAUAGAAGUUGUUCUCCGCCUCGAGACGAAUUAAAAACUGUGUUCCUUAAUCAUCAUGGACAUUUGAGAAUACCGCUUGUUGUCUUCGCAAACUUUUCUCGAUGGGAUCGCUUAUUGCGGUCAAUGGCCUAUGUAGUAAGAGCAGGAAAAAAAUUUAAAAAAAUUCCUGCAUCUGGACCCAUUACCGCAGCAGAGUUUCAGGCUGCAGAAACGUUCCUAUGGAAAGAAGUACAAGCAGAGGUAUUUGCAGAAGAGUAUGCAAUCCUGGAAAACAAUAAGAAUAAAAAUGAGCAACUGCCAAUACCGAAAUCUAGUCAACUUUACAAGCUAUCCCCGUACAUCGAUGAAGACGGCGUGAUUCGAAUGAACAGCAGGAUUGGGGCAGCCAACUUCGCCCCUUUCGAAGCUAAGUAUCCCAUUAUUCUUCCUAAAAACCACCACCUCACUUACCUCCUCGUCAACAGCUACCACCGGUGCUACCUGCAUUGCAAUAACGAAACAGUGUGCAAUGAAAUCCACCAACGUUUCCGCAUACCCAAUUUACGCGUGGUAGUUAGACAUGUAGCCAAUAAUUGUCCGUUGUGUCGAAUUCGCAGAGCUAAACCAAAACCACCGAUGAUGGCCCCUCUUCCGACUGGUCGUCUGGCUCCUUAUACCAAGCCUUUCACUCAUACGGGAAUCGACUAUUUUGGCCCGAUACUAGUGAAGCAAAACCGUAGCCUGGUGAAACGCUGGGGUGCACUCUUCACCUGUCUAACGAUAAGAGCAGUCCACAUCGAAAUUGUACACAGUCUUUCCUCAAACUCCUGCAUUAUGGCAAUACGGAGAUUUGUAGCUCGUCGAGGAUCCCCUUUGUCAUUUUAUUCGGACAAUGGAACCAAUUUCAAAGGAGCAAGCAAUAUCCUGACUGCAGAAUUGCGUGAAGUUCACGAAAAAUGUGCAAUAACCUUCACGAACGCGAGUACUCAGUGGAAUUUCAAUCCUCCUGUCGCGCCCCAUAUGGGAGGCGCCUGGGAGCGUAUGGUCCGUUCAAUUAAGGUGGCUAUGAAUGCGAUUGGUGAACAUCCUAGGAAUCCCUGUGAUGAAGUGCUGGAAACGGUUGCGCUAGAGGCUGAAGCUAUAGUGAACUCUCGACCACUGACCUAUGUCCCUCUUGGAAACACAGAUGCCGAAGCACUUACGCCUAACCAUUUCCUGCUAUACGGAGAAAAAUGUAUAACGCAACCAAUUCGUCCAGUGAAACUCGAUGGAGCAGCUUUACGUGAUAGUUGGCGCUUGUCACAAACUUUGGUCGAUAUGUUUUGGCUCAGAUGGAUUCGAGAGUAUUUACCAGUGAUUGCUCGUCGCACGAAAUGGUUCGACCCAAUCAAACCUUUAGAAGCCGGGGAUGUCGUCCUUAUUGUCAACGAAAAAAGACGAAAUGGUUGGGAACGCGGAUUGAUAAUAGAAGUCGUUAAAGGAGCAGAUGGGCAAGUACGGCAGGCAUACGUGCAAAGCGGAAAUGGAAUUAUCCGUCGACCAGCAACGGUACUAGCUCUGCUGGAUGUUAGUAGUUCAACAGAAGGAAGUUCUUGA